CCGCCUAGAAAUCUGGGGUUUUGUCGUUUGGCAGAAGAUAGAAAUGAUGUCUGGUCAACGAUGACUGAAAAAUUGCCUCAAAUUCGUUGUUUUCGACCAACAUUUGGUCAAACGAACCCUGAGAAGUCUUCUGGUGUGUCAUACAAAAUGGCUGACUUGCUGUGGUCUUCCGCUUCUGCUAGGCGAGGCCAAAAUUUACGAGCACUGUUUUCGUCGUGUUUCUGCACAAGGAGCUCUCAUCAACUACUUUUAUUUGUCUAUGUUCAGCAUUUUGGGAUCUACAAAAAUGUCUUCAGAAGAAGACCAGAUGCAAGUCGUCCAUCAUGCGAUUACAGGAGUGACAGAAAUCGUGAGCGCAGCCGGCUCGACAGAUGGCACUGUCACUGCAGGGACUAUAUACCAACAGGAUGAAUCCGACAGACCUGUGAGUGUGAGUCCGACCAGUACUAACCAGCCCAUGGAGGUGGUACAGAUCAUCCCAGUCAGUACGGAGGGGAACAUGGGACAAAUGACUGUCAGUGGCGCGGUCGCUCAGAUGAUAGCACUAAAUAGUGGGGAUGGGUCACAGGGUCAGUUGUAUCAUGUGAUCCCUGUCAGCCAAUCAGCUGUCGCCCAGGCCCAGGCCCCUCACAUGAUCACGGUCAGCCAAUCAAAUGACUCCCAAGAGAACACUCAUGAACACACAGACCCUGAUAGUCACACCCAGUCCACAGAGAUCAUCCACGAUCUGACCCAGGCGGCCACAACGUUGGAGAGGCUACCGCCGGACGGCAUAGCAGCGGUCAGUCUGGAGAAGCUGUCGUCAGACGAUGUGGCCACCAUCACCCUGAUGACCCCACCCCCACCACAGACCCUACCUGACGGGUGUCCGGCAUGGGCAGCUCGAUUAAGGGGUGUGGAGAAAAUAGGAGACUCUUUUCGUGGCUGGGUGGAAAACGAGGUAGAAUUGGACCUCCUCCUGACGUACCACAAACAGCAGACACAGAGCUUCUGGGGCACGCGCCAGUCCCCCACCCCAGGGAAACCCUCCACUCGCCUCAUGUGGAAGUCUCAAUAUGUUCCGUUCGAUGGAAUACCCUUUGUCAACAUUGGCAGCAGGGCCAUAGUUCAGGAGUGCCAAUUUGGUCCCAGAAGAAAAGGAAUCGUGGCCAAGAAGAUCGGAGAACAGGAGAAGAAUUGCAAGCAGGGUUUCAAGGCAACAUGUCCCGCCAGAAUAUACAUUAAGAAAGUGCGGAAGUUCCCCCAGUUCAGAGUUCACCUUAGGGAGGACAUGGACAGGAAGGCUCUGAGACAGGCCCAGGAGAGGGCCUUCCGCUCGCUCAAGGAGUCAGGCCUGGAGCACGGAGGGGAGGAGAGACAGUACGUCCAGCUGCCCACACCAGAGGCUCACCAGUUCCACGAUGAGAUCCAGGACCACGUUCUCGCGGACUUCUCCGUGUGUAACAUGGAGGCGUCGUCACGACUGCACCCGAGAGUCUCGUCAAAGAUUCGCGAACUGGUGGCCUCCGGUAUGAACGAGGUGUAUCAGGUCAGGAAAGCAGUGAGGAAGUUUGUGGAGAAGGAGCUGUUUGGCGGGAGCGAUACGGUCCCAGAACGACACAACCUGUCGUACUUCCCAACCGUCAACGACAUCCAGAACCACGUGCACCUGGCGCAGAUGGCCAUCGAGCGCGGGGAACUGGCGGUCACUACGGUAACCACAGAGGUGUCCGCUCCAGACAACAGUUUAGAAAACGCAGCAGCGCAGGAGUUACAGAGUCAGCUGUGGCCGGUGGCAUGUCACCCCCCAGGAUGUGGGGAGGGGGACGCUGACGGACCCCACACACAAACAGUCACCGUCACACUCACCACCAACCAGGGGAGAGAACAUGUGGUUUCCCAAGUAGAGACGACCAUGAGUGACGGCACCACCCUCGUCAGUGAUUCUCUCACACCGGAGACAGCUCAACUACUUUCUGCUCUCAACCCAAAGAUAUUUCAAACACAGAGUGAAGAUGAAAUGUCCAGAAAGGAGUCGGAAACGGGUGCGCAAGUAAACUUGGAUGGCGCAAAGGGCUACGAUGAACAGAUCGGCCAAUCGCAACUCUUGAUACAAGACAAAAUAUCUGGACAGUUCUGCACCAAUCAGACGCCUCAUACCAUCCCUUUGACUGUGACCAAUGAUGCUGUAGGACAGACUCUUCCAUCACACUUUCUGACCAAUAGCAGCACAGUUACCACUGAGGCUACGAACUUGCUACCAACAGGAGAGACUGUUACAAACAUUGCAGACAUAGGUGAUGUUGUCAAAGUGGAAAACCAACAGCAAACAAGUGCGCAAGACAACCCCUAACUGGAAUUAUAAGAAAACUUGAAUUUGGUGUGAAAACUGUUCAAAAGUAAUAUUUUAUUAAUUGUGUUCUUUUAUUGAACGGAGUUUGUACCAUGAAUGAACUUAUUUUCACAUGGAUAGCUUAUAUUCUGUGUCAUCGAAAAUCAAUUGAUUGCAAGUAAAAUAAAACAUUAAUUUUAUGCUUUACAUAUAUAUGAGUUGCCAAGCAAGUAUUAUUUAUUUAUUGCAAAUUAGAAAUGAGAUAUUUUCAUUAGCCUAACUAAAAUUGCGCUCCUAGUGGCUGGCCCUACAAUUGCCUCAGCACUAGCUAGGAGAAGGGGUCAUUAACCCCAGACAGCGAGAGAUUGUGUAAACACAGGCUUAUAUUUUCAUGUGGUAGAUUUGUGUUUUGGCUUGUAUAAUUCUUGAUUCGCCAAUGAAUUAUUUAUUAUAUUUUUGCCAAAAGAGCAUACUGGGUAAUAUGUUGAAAUGAAUUCCAAUUGCAUCUUUUCUAUUUUAGAAAUAUUAAAUAAAAUGGUGAGAGAAAAGUGUAA